AUGUCCGUUGACUUGACAUCCCGUUUCGUGAAAGAAGCCGCACUGUUGAACAGUGAAAAAGGCCACAGGAACAUAAUCCGGUUCCUUGAAUUUUGUAAAGAACCACUCAGUAACGAUGCAUGGAACUAUUCUUGCUUUGAUUUUUGCCCGUUUGGAGUUGCAAAAAGCCUUUGCACUCUAGAAGAUUUUGUCCAUUUCGUAGACGACGAGUUUGACUUUGACAUUGCCUCCUUCGCAGACUUGCUGCCAACAUGUUCCAAAGAUGUUGUUGAAG